GCCGACUACACGCGGGCACGUCCAAUACAGGGGCAGACUACCUUCUCUUGCGUUGUGGAGUUUUCACAGUUUUGUUUGAGUAUUUAAGGGACUAGUUUACAUUUACCAGGUUAACAUAGAGUAAAUUACUUACAAGUCUUCAGGAAACAAACUGGCUUUGGAUUUCCAAGUCCUACAGAGAUAACUCUUUCCUUUCCGCAUCUUUAAACUUUGACCGGACAGAUCUGGACUGCUACAGAAGUUUUUCCCCCGACAGAUUGACAUCGCAACAUUAACUACAUCUUUAGGAUUUCAGUUGAGUUUUUAUAUCGCCAUGUCCAACGGUGAUGCGUCGGAUCAGAGUCGGCGGUUCUCUGUCCUGUCCUGGGAUCAGGUGCAGCGCUUGGACUCAAUCCUUGGAGACGCAAUCCCUAUUCACGGCCGCGGAAAUUUCCCUACACUCUCAGUGCAACCCCGACACAUUGUCCAGGUGGUGCGGGCCCGGCUGGCCCAGCGGGGGGUGGCCGUGCGGGACGUGAGGCUCAACGGUUCGGCCGCCAGCCACGUGCUCCACCAGGACACAGGCCUGGGCUACAAGGACCUGGACCUGAUCUUCGGCGUGUCUCUGCAGGACGAUGAGGCCUUCCGGCUCGUCAAGGACGUGGUGUUGGACUGUCUGUUGGACUUCCUGCCAGCGGGGGUCAGCAAGGAGCGCAUCUCGGCACUGACCCUCAAGGAGGCGUACGUUCAGAAACUGGUGAAGGUGUGCAACGACACGGACCGCUGGAGCCUCAUCUCUCUGUCCAACAACACGGGCAAGAACGUGGAGCUGAAAUUCGUGGACUCUCUGAGGCGGCAGUUUGAGUUCAGCGUGGACUCCUUCCAGAUCUGCCUGGACUCCCUGCUGCUGUUCGACCGCUGCUCCGAGACGCCCAUGUCCGAGAGCUUCCACCCCACCGUGCGCGGCGAGAGCGUGUACGGGGACUUCCGCGAGGCCAUCGGCCACCUCUCCCGCAAGGUCAUUGCCACGCGCAACCCGGAGGAGAUCCGGGGUGGCGGGCUGCUCAAAUACUGCCACCUGCUGGUGCGGGGCUUCCGUCCGGCCUCGGAGACGGAGAUGAAGUCCCUGCAGCGCUACAUGUGCUCGCGCUUCUUCAUCGACUUCUCCGACAUCCUGGAGCAGCAGAGGAAGCUGGAGGCCUACCUGCAGAACCACUUCAGCGGCAUGGAGCACAAGCGCUACGAGUGCCUGGCGACCCUGCACGGCGUGGUGAACGAGAGCACCGUGUGCCUGAUGGGCCACGAGCGGCGGCAGACGCUGAGCCUCAUCUCCAUGCUGGCGCUGCGUGCGCUGGCCGAGCAGAACGCCAUCCCCGCCGUCGCCAACGUCACCUGCUUCUACCAGCCCGCCCCGUACGUGCGCGACGUCAACUUCAGCAAUUACUACGUGGCUCACGUGCAGCCGCCCCUCAUCCAGGCCUGCAGCAGAUCCUACCAGACGUGGCUGCCCUGCAACUGAGCUGCUCAGCGUGUGUGUGGGUGUGUAGGUGUGUGUAGGUGUGUGUGUGUGGGUGUGUGCG